AUGGAUCCAGAAGAAGAAGAAGUGGCAGUAAAUGUGGACGACAUGGACAGGCUACUGAUGUUCAAGAUAGAGCGUCCUGUUUAUGAUGAAGCCCACCUCAGAUUGCAACUUCUCCACCGCAAGGAGAAAGCCAGCACUAUCCGACAAAAGAUUACGCAAUUGUUCCAGUGUUCUUCUCAGCGGGCAAAAACAGCACUUUUAAGCUUCCUGCCUAUUCUAUCAUGGCUGCCAAAGUAUCCGGUCAAGGAAUACCUGUUUCAUGAUAUUGUCUCUGGUCUCAGCACAGGUGUUGUGCAGCUUCCCCAAGGCCUUGCAUAUGCGAUGCUUGCUGCUGUGCCUCCAGUUUAUGGUCUGUACUCAUCGUUCUACCCUGUUCUGCUCUACACUUUCUUCGGCACAUCCAGACACAUAUCCAUAGGCACGUUUGCAGUAAUAAGCCUAAUGAUCGGAAGUGUUGCAGUCAGGGAGGUUCCUGAUUUUUACACACUUCCCGUCAAUGGCUCAAAUGAAUCCGCCAUCUUGAAUGGGACAAUUCAGGAGAAGAGGGUUCAGGUAGCUGUGGCGCUUACAACUCUUGUGGGAAUCAUUCAGAUUCUUCUAGGGAUUCUCCGGUUUGGCUUUGUGGCAAUUUACCUCACGGAACCGCUUGUGCGAGGUUUCACGACAGCAGCUGCUGUGCACGUAGUGGUUUCUCAGUUAAAAUAUUUACUGGGAGUGAAAACGAAACGCUUCAGUGGACCCCUUUCUGUUAUAUUUAGUGUCCAGGCAGUACUUAGUAAGAUUACAAGUACUAAUAUCGCCACGCUCAUUCUGGGCCUUGUGUGUCUGGUCUUUCUGUACGGAGUGAAAGACCUCAACCAGCGUUUCAAAAAGAAGAUACCCAUCCCGAUUCCCGGGGAGAUUAUCGUGGUCAUCGUGUCAACUGGCGUCUCUUACGGCAUGAAAUUGGCAGGGGACUACAACGUCGAUGUGGUUGGGGAUAUACCAACUGGGCUUAAAACACCAGCCGCUCCAGAUUUCUUGCUGUUCUCCAGUCUGGUGACCGACGCCUUCGCUAUUGCGAUUGUAGGCUUCUCCAUGGGAAUCUCGCUAGCCAAAAUCUUUGCACUGAAGCAUAACUACAGCGUGGACAGUAACCAGGAGCUGAUAGCCCUCGGCCUUUGUAAUUUCAUUAGCUCUUUCUUCCAAACGUUCACCAUCACUUGCUCCAUGUCGAGGAGCCUGGUGCAGGAGAGCACGGGUGGUAAAACGCAGGUCGCAGGGCUACUCGGGUCUCUAUUGGUGCUACUGGUCAUCGUCGCUAUUGGUUUUGUCUUCGAGCCGCUUCCGCAGACUGCCUUGGCAGCCAUAAUUAUGGUCAAUUUGCUGGGCAUGUUCAAACAGUUCCGAGACAUUCCAGCUCUGUGGAGAACCAGCAAGAUUGAACUAGCGAUCUGGCUGGUGACGUUCGUGGCGUCUGUGCUAUUAGGCUUGGACUACGGCCUCCUAUCAGCCAUCACAUUUGCUUUAUUGACGGUCAUCUAUAGAACGCAGAGCCCAAAAAAUGCUGUUCUCGGGCGGAUUGCAAACACAGGAUUAUACUACAACAUUGAUGAAUACGAAGAGGCGACGGAAUGUGAGGGGAUUAAGAUUUUCCACUCCAAUUCGUCAAUCUACUUCGCUAACUGCGACCUUUAUGUGAGCGCGCUCAAGGAGAAGACAGGCGUGAACCCAGAAGACUUACAAGCGGCUAGAAAAGCUCAGAAAAAACAAAAAGCCAACUGCAGCGUGACGUGCUCGCCGAAAAGACCUGUCGAGGACAAUGAACAAGCUGCCACGCACGAGAUUUUGUCCUUUAACAAAACGAUGGAAGACCAGACUAACGGCAAUCUCGGAGAAAUUCGCAUGGAAGCGGAUACAGAGGACGUAGCAUUCCUGGAGUCUUCCGGUUCCGUCCAUUCCAUCAUCCUGGACUGGACGCACGCCAGUUUUAUUGACUCUGUGGGAGCCAAGGCCAUUAAACAGGUCAUUAAGGAGUAUGCAGCAGUAGAUAUUAGAGUUGUCAUCGCUGGUUGUAACAGUAAUCUGCUAUCCGAGCUGGACCAGUUGGAGUUCUUCACUGGAAAUCUAAACACGGAGAUGCUGUUCCCAACCCUCCAUGAUGCCGUGUUGCACUGUCAACAUUCCCCACCCAAGAUCACAAGCUGA